CGGUGCUUCCCGCGGGCCGCACCUCAGCGCCCCUUCGGCACCUCGCGCGUUCCUCGGCACGCAGCCCGCUCCCACGCCGCUCCGGCACCAUGUCUCGAAGAUAUGACUCCAGAACCACCAUAUUUUCUCCAGAAGGCCGUCUGUACCAGGUUGAGUACGCCAUGGAGGCAAUUGGACACGCAGGUACCUGCUUGGGCAUCCUGGCCAAUGACGGCGUUCUGCUGGCUGCAGAGAGGCGCAACAUUCAUAAGCUCCUCGAUGAAGUUUUCUUCUCAGAAAAAAUCUACAGACUGAAUGAGGAUAUGGCUUGCAGUGUUGCAGGAAUAACUUCAGAUGCCAAUGUUUUAACAAAUGAGCUGAGACUGAUUGCACAGAGGUAUUUGUUACAGUAUCAAGAGCCCAUUCCUUGUGAGCAAUUGGUAACUGCACUGUGUGAUAUCAAGCAGGCUUACACGCAGUUUGGAGGAAAACGUCCUUUUGGUGUUUCAUUGCUGUAUAUCGGUUGGGAUAAGCAUUAUGGAUUUCAGCUGUAUCAAAGUGAUCCCAGUGGGAAUUAUGGAGGAUGGAAAGCUACGUGCAUCGGCAAUAACAGUGCUGCAGCUGUGUCAAUGCUGAAACAAGACUACAAAGAAGGCGAAAUGACCUUAAAGACUGCACUUGCAUUAGCCAUUAAGGUUCUAAAUAAGACCAUGGAUGUCAGCAAACUUUCUGCAGAGAAAGUCGAAAUUGCAACACUGACAAGAGAGAAUGGAAAAACAGUAAUAAGGGUUCUGAAGCAAAAGGAGGUGGAGCAGUUGAUAAAACAACAUGAGGAGGAAGAAGCAAAAGCUGAACGUGAAAAGAAGGAAAAAGAGCAAAAAGAGAAGGAUAAAUAGAAUUUGAAGUCAAGUGUUCUGAAAAUAGCAUAGGACCUGCUUCAGUUAAAGGUAAUCUGGUUUUCUGUUUUGUAGAAGCCUACAAAUAUGCUGUGGGAGAACACAGAAUUACUUUUGCUGAACCAGGUCCUUAAUCAUCAUCAAGAUAAUUAGUUUUCUGUUCCUUAUAUUGACCAAUAAUUGCUUUAAUUCUUGAACACCCUUUCUUUCAUCUUCUAUUUUUUAUUAUGGAAUAAAAUUUAAGAAGAA